AUGAAUGACGUCAGUGAUGACGUGGAACACAUGUGGACGAUCGUGGUGUCCAUCUGGCUCUCCAGCUCCGUGUGUCUGGUUGGUGUCGUCACAAACUAUUGGAACAUCCGGGUCUUCAAGAGACAAGGGCUAACAGACAAUGUUAACAUUUCUCUGAUGGGUUUGGCCAUCGCCGACCUGACCUGUGACGUCAUUUCCUUGUGGCUGUCCGUCUGCGAGCUCCUCAACAUCCUUGACCCUCCGACCUUAACCUUCCAGCCCGCGUCCCUCCUGAUGCUGACCGCCAGCAUACCUCGCAUCAUCGCCACACGUGUCUCCAGCUGGCUCACGGCCUUGACCUCUCUCCAGCGGUGCCUGGCCGUGACCUUGCCCUUCAAGGUCAGGCAGAUGUUCACCCCGCGAAACACAUCGAUAUCGACAUUAUCAGUAUCGAUACUAGUUCUGGUGGGGUACAUGUGUGUGUACUACCUGAAAGACCUGGUCAGCGUAAUCGAUUCCAGACACAACAUCACCCGGGUGGUUAUGAUACCAGCAGCCCGGGGCAGGGCCAACCAGAUCCUCAACAACCUGCUCUUCAUCAGCCUGCCUCUCGUCAACAUCCUCGUCAUCUCCCUCGCCACGAUCAUCAUGAUCUCCUCCCUCAUGCGAGCCUCAAGAUGGCGCCACACCAUCAAACACGGCGAGACAACACCAGCAACAAGAUGGCGCCACACCAUCACACAGGGCGAGACUACACCAGCAGACGACCACCACGACACUUCCGGCACUAAGCGUCUCCCAAACAGGAAACCCCAGCCUGGUCCCCACACGGUCGAAGGAACGGAUCCCAGUAAAGACAAGAAAGAAGUCCGGACCUCCAAAAUGGUGAUCGCUGUCAUGCUCAUCUUCAUCGUCUGCAACCUGCCCAGCAACUUCCUGUUUGCCAUGCGCAAUGUGUUCCCAGAGUUUAACGACGCCGGAAGUUUAAAAAAUAUUUUCUUCAUGUCGCAUGGUCUGGCCUUCUUGUUGGAGAACAUAAACUCCAGUGUUAAUUUCUUCGCCUACUUUUUCAUGAGUUCAAAGUUCAAGGCCACGUUUUUACACCUGAGGUGGUGUGACACAGUGUCUCGUGACGUCAAGUAA